AUGAGGUCUGUCAAUGACGCACGAGGAUAUCUCAUACGGUUGAUCGAUAAGAAAGUUAUUGCCACCAAUAGAUUGAGAGCUUGCGGAGUGCACGAAGAUGAGGGAACUUCUAGUGUUCCCAAAAGCCAACUGGCUCGUUCCGAUUCUUCUCGUGGACCGAUUGCCAUGGCCACGCAAGAUUUCCGCUCCCAUUGGCUCGACCGAGUGACCAUCCUGCAAGUAUUAAUUCUCUUCUUACAAGACGCAGCCUCGACGAAUUUCAUCCGCUAUCAUGUUGCACAUGCCGGGCAGCGACACGACAAUAUCGCGUCUGAAUUCACUGCAAUAACACUAGGAAGGUGCAGCAUAGAAUGCGUGAAGGGGGACCUCCCUUGCUAUGCCUUCAAUUAUCGGGAAGAAGGGGGAUCGUGCCAGCUGGUUUUCGACGGGAGGAGCAGCCUAAGUGAAGACAUCGGAUACACCUCAUUCGUGCAGUGGAUGUGCUUGACCCCAUACCCACCGAUCGAAAAUGCGAGAGUGUCCUUCGAAGGUUGGAAUGGAGAAAAUCCAGCGCCGGUAGGAGCGAUGGUGAUGUUUCGCUGUCGUGAUCUCAACGGAUUCUCCGAUGGUUCAUCCAUUCACACGUCUCAAUGCUCGUCCACGUUUCCCGAUGCUUGGGACAACUCCUUCCGAGGAGAUGGCGUCUACUGUGAGGAUCUGACUAAGUAUCCUGAAUGCCGGUUGACAGAGAAGGGAAGAGAAUACAUUGGAAGGGCGAGCCAGACGGAAACGGGAAGGGAAUGCCUGAGAUGGGACACCCAGCCCUACGGAAUCCCCAGUGACUUUUUCGAAAAUGUCACUUAUAAUGCCCAUUUCCCCAACUUGGAUGCAUGGCCUCACCAGAACUACUGCCGGAACCCGUCAGGAAAGGAGAGGCCAUGGUGUUUCGUCGCGGACGAAAAUGUUGAAUGGGAAUUUUGUGAUAUCCCCAUGUGCAAGGAUUCAGAUCCCCCAGAAUGCAAGAUGACUCAACAGGGCGGUGAAUACAUUGGAAGGAAGAGCGUGACCCAUUCGGGGAAAACAUGCCAACCUUGGAGAAAUUCAGAACCUCAAAUCAGCGCUGAAAGAAUCGUGAAGGAAAAACUUCCCGGAUUCCCGGAUUACGAAGAGAUCGACGAGCAGCACAACUUCUGCCGCAACCCCGAUGGAAAAGCUGCUCCCUGGUGUUUCAACGGGGAAGGGAAAGAUCCCGAAUAUGAAUAUUGUGACAUUCCCUUCUGCGAGAUCCGAGAAACUACAGCCGGAGACGAGGGGAACGUGUAUCCCGAAUGCAGACUGACGGAGAAAGGAAAGGAAUACGUGGGGACGAAGGAUGUGACCGAGACGGGAAAGCCUUGUCUCGAUUGGGCAUCUCAGCCAUAUGGAAUGCCUUGGGAUUUCUUCAAUCAGGAAACGGGCUAUGAGGAGCAUUUCCUGAAUGGAGCCUCAGCUGUCCACAGGAAUUACUGUCGGAAUCCUACUCUGUAUCGAGAAAGGCCGUGGUGCUUCGUCUCAGACCCAGGAAUCGAAUCCGCACGAAUGCAAGUUGACGGGAAUCGGCGGCGAAUAUGCAGGAAGACGGAAUACGACCCUAUCGGGAUACCCAUGCCAACAUUGGCUGCCUGCAUUUUCCGCAAGUCAACUUGUGAUGCAGACAGCCUUAUCUGGAUUUUCAGAUGAAGUUGACGGGAGUCACAACUUCUGUCGUAAUCCAAACGGCAGACCACACGGUCCAUGGUGUUUCUUUGAAUCCAAGAACGAGACAAACUGGGAGUUUUGCGAUGUUCCCUAUUGUCCAAGGCCAGAAGGAGAGAGUUGCAACAUUCGAGUGUCAGGAAAUUGCAUGGCCCCUUUGGAGUGCAAAAAUAACAUGAGAGGUAAUAGGUACAUGGGAACUAAGAAUGUUACGAGGUCUGGGUACCCUUGUCAGCGAUGGAUGAGCCGCUCACCAAACGACGGUUUGCUUACGAGUUUUCUUGAAGUAGCUGGUGCAUUCCCUGACGAUUUCCAUCCAUCCCACAACUUCUGUCGGAAUCCUGAUCGACGAAACGAGGGCCCUUGGUGUCAUAACGGAGCUGGAACGGAUCCCCCAAUGGAGUAUUGUGAUGUCAAAUUGUGUUGAACGGUAGGGUACCGCCCUGAAAAAGGUAACAGUCC